GCUAAGCGACUGAUAAACUGUAGCUGUGGAGUAUCUUCUCGAGUUCUUUUCUCUUCUAUUAUGAGUCAGCGACAGGUCCUACAGGUUUUUGAAAGAUACCAAAAGUCCAGGACAGAAUUCGUCCAAACAGUGGCUGAGCUGGCUUCCAGGCCACAGAAUAUUGAAACACUACAAAAUGCUGGAGUGAUGCAGCUACUUCGUCCAUUAUUGCUAGAUACUGUUUCAUCAGUACAGCAGACUGCUGCCCUUGCCUUGGGCCGUCUAGCCAACUACAAUGAUGAUUUAGCUGAGGCUGUUGUAAAAGGAGACAUAUUACCACAGCUGGUCUAUUCACUCGCUGAACAAAAUAGAUUCUAUAAGAAAGCUGCUUCAUUUGUGCUACGUGCUGUAGCAAAGCAUUCACCAGAGUUGGCACAGCAAGUAGUAGAUUGUGGUGCUCUUGAUGCACUGGUCAUAUGUCUUGAAGAGUUUGACCCUGGAGUGAAGGAGUCAGCAGCCUGGGCUCUAGGAUACAUCGCCCGCCAUAAUGCAGAGUUGUCACAGGCAGUCGUUGAUGCUGGAGCAGUUCCUUUGCUUGUGCUUUGUAUUCAAGAGCCAGAGAUAUCACUCAAGAGGAUAACAGCAUCAGCUCUUAGCGAUAUUAGCAAACAUAGCCCUGAGUUGGCACAGACUGUGGUGGAUGCUGGGUCUAUUGUUCAUCUUGCUAGACUCAUUGAAAACUCUGAUGCUAGACUAAAGCGUCAAGUUUUUUCUGCUCUGAGUCAAAUAUCAAAGCAUUCAGUGGAAUUGGCUGAGAUGGUUGUCGAGGCUGAAAUAUUUCCUGUUGUACUUAAUUCAUUAACAGACUCUGAUGAAUAUGUAAAGAAGAAUGUUGCUACUCUGAUUCGUGAGAUUGCUAAACACACCCCUGAAUUGUCUCAGUUGAUAGUUAAUUCAGGAGGUGUGGCUGCAGUCGUUGAUUACAUUGGUGAAGCUAAAGGCAAUGUCCGUCUCCCUGGAAUAAUGAUGCUAGGAUACGUCGCAGCGCAUUCUGAGAACCUGGCUAUGGCAGUCAUCGUAUCUAAGGGUGUAGUCCAACUAUCCAUCAUACUAUCAGACGAGCCAGAGGAUCACAUACUAGCAGCCACGGCCUGGGCACUGGGACAGAUUGGUAGGCACAGUCCUGAGCACGCCAAAGCAAUAGCACUAGCUAAUGCACUCCCUCGUCUACUCAAGCUAUACCUUGACAUAUCCAGCUCUGAAGAUCUCCAAUCAAAGUCUAAAAAAGCUCUUAAGAGUAUUCUACGUCGCUGUACUCACCUCCCAGCACUGGAGCCACUCCUUCACGAAGCACCUCCUAACAUUCUUAAACAUGUAGCUGGUCAGUUUUCAAAGAUAUUACCACACGAUCCAAAGGCAAGGAGACUUUUUGUCACCACUGGAAGUCUUAAAAAGAUACAGGAGAUUAAUGCUGAAGCAGGUUCUGUGUUACAAGAAUACAUCAAUGACAUUAACAAGUGUUAUCCUGAAGAGAUUGUGAGAUACUAUUCUCCUGGUUACUCUGAGAAGCUCCUUGAAAGGAUUGAUGACUACAAUCCAACAUCAACCACCACAUAGCACCUCUUCUCCACUCCUCCUCCUCCUCCUCCUCCCUCCUCUCUCUCACUCAUAGCAAACUAUAAAGUUUAUUGUAAAUUCUACUCUACACACAUACACAUGAACAGUUACACUGUAUAUCUGAAUGACAAGUAACAUAAUUUUCUGUACUGUAGCUAUUAUUAUUAUUAUUAUUAUUAUUUAGUAUUAUUAAAUACAAUUGUUAUGCUCGUGA